AUGAUUGCUUCGGCCUUCCUCCUCCUUUUCUAUGCCAACACUCUUGCCCAGAAUAUCGGGCAAGAUUUUUCUAUCCUGGUAACUGCCAAUACUCCCACAGAUGUUUCGCUAACCUUUAAAGAGGCCCUUCCAAACCUUGUUCCUAUUCACAACAGCAUCAGCAUCGCAUCUACUGUCCCUGUAUCGGUUGUAAUUCUUAUGCUGGAUUCCAAUGACGAAAGCAUUUACACUAAGACUGUUGAAGGAACAGCGAUCUUUGAGUACAACAUUUAUCUGGAGCAGACAGGUGCAUACAAUCUUCGGCUGACCUCAAAUGUCACGACCACACUUAAGGUGCUUGUUGAGCCCUUGCAUCAGGAGUACCUUGGAGCAAUUAAUAUUAGAUCAAACGAGCGUGUAGUUUACAUCAAGGAGUUCUUGACGCUGGAGUCUGCAACCAUCCUCUUAACGCAUAUACCCUCGGGGGUGACUGUGCACUACACUGUCUGCAACGGGGCUCCAUCGAACCCUGUCCUGAGUCCCGGAGUGUGCAGCUCCUCUGCAAAGGUUGUUGCAAGUGACGGACAGGCGCUAUUCUUCUUCCACGCAAAGACCGUGUUUCCAAUCAGUGAACAGGUCGGCUCCAAUAUAUGGUUAUACACUUUCGAGUUUGAUUUACCCAACCCCCUGACGGAAGCUGCUGCAGGCUCCAUCACCUUCCUUAGUGUGAGAAAGCUAGACAGCGAUACUGUGACCAACAUCACAUACCCUCUGCAGCUCGAUGGUGAGUUCGUUUCCAUUUCAGCCUUCGACUCCAUCUCUGUUGUGUAUAAAAAUGAUGUUCUUGUCACCCCGCAGCUUCUCCUUGAAGUAUCUCUGCCAUCUGAGUUUGUUAUUACCAAUAUUUGUGUAAGCCAUAUCUCACCCUUUAACAACUGCGCGCCCGUGAAGACUGACUCUGCGUCUGUAAAGUUAUCCAUACCACUACCUGAUUUUAAGCCAAGUACCCUCUACUACUUAGCCGUCUUUUGUGUGCUGACAAGUGACCAGCGCGAAAGCACCGUGGGGAUCACCUCAGUGAAGCUAACAAUGGCUACAGAAAUAGAGCCAACGCCCAUUGACUCCACAUCUCCGGCUGCGUAUAAGAUGCUAUGGUAUGAUGACACCGUCUAUGAUAAGCUUUUCUCUCCUUCACGACAAAUUCACUUAAAACUCACAAUCCCGAACACAGGGCUUCUUUUCGAGGGAGCUGAUAUCUAUGUUGACUAUCAUCCUGCUACUCCCACAGAGAUAGACGCUGACGGCCUUUGUCGGUAUUCCACGAGGAUAACGUCUGCUGAUACUCAGACCAUUUACUACUAUGACAUUCUUCACAAUAUGCACAUGUAUAAGGCUAGACCGGGAACAUACUACAUUAUCCUACAUCCACACCUGAUGUGCCUGAAUACAGGGAAGAUGUCGGUUCUGGAAGCCACCGUCUUCAUCAAGAUGUUCUCGACUAAAACGACUUUCAAUCAAACGCAGUUAAUAGAACGACAUCAGCUCACAGUUGGGCUACUCUUUAGCCCUGCAGCCAGGCCCCUUGACCAAGUUGCAGACCCCUUGAAACUAAACUUGUCACCGUUCCUGAUACCAUUCUCGGCAAUAGCGGCAACAGAGGAGCUGACCCUAUUCUACAACAGAGAAUACGCAGAUGACAACACCAUUUGCUUCGAGCUGGCUCUGGGAUCCCAUGUCGAUUUGCUUAUCUCUGAAGUGACCAGGUACACUACCUUUGCUACCAACCAAUCUGUGUACAUUAAAAGCCUAAGCAUAAAACCCAACUGUUUCAGCGUCUCAAAGAGCGCCACUAACACGCUGAGUGAUAGUGCCCUGAGUACCGUUUUGAAACUCCAGAUACACUCCACUAAUACGCUAAGCACUACAGCGCCUAGCGCCACCCUCUUCUGUGUCUACUCCUUACCAGCUGUCAUUAAGGAAUAUAUAAUAAUGCCAGCUAAUCCUGCCUUUAGUGUCGUUUUCCCGGAUAAAUCCAAAAUGGUGAUGAGUUUUAGAGCCCUUUCGUCGCUUGUCUCUAACGUUAAAAUAAAAUACAGCAUAUUUAUCAUUCCAGUGGGAAGAGAAAAUAUCAAUCCGGUGCCAACAACCUUUUGUGGCGUUCUUACAGCCAUCACGCAUGCAUUAAAUCCGGCCUGGAGGCAGCCUAUUUUCAAUUUGACUAGCAGUGUUGAGAAGCAAGACUAUAUUAUUGCAAACAUUCCUCUUUCACAGUUCCCCAUAGGGACAAACCCCCUUACUCAGGAGUACAACGCCUUUGUAAUUGUAGAGGAUGUUCUGGCAGGGACAACCGGUCUUUAUAUCAGCAGCAGGAUCAAGUAUGCUAAGAUUAAGUUAACCAAACCAAUUGUCAUUCAGUUGGGUAUAUCCUGUUCUAUUAUUAUUCUCUCUGUGAUAGGAAUUAUUAUUACGGCCAUCUUUUGCGGGCGCAUGCUUAACGUGCAUUACAGACAAAAGCGCGUAUUAGUGUGA